CAAAAGCCCCGGGCGAGGCGGUCGGGGCGUGUGAGCCGCUGAGUCUGCUGCGCGCCCACGAGGUCCACGCAGCUCGCCGGGCCGGUGCGCCGCGUGACGGCCUCGCCCGCGCACGUCUCGGCCGCUGCUCCAAGGACCGGUGCUCCCGCGACGCCCGCCCACCCGCGCCCGCCCGCCGCCUGGGGCUCGGGGUCCGCGCGGCCGGGGGAGGCCGCCCUCCCGCGUCCGUAGCCGCGCGGGGAGCCGAGCCCAGCGGGAGGCGGCGCAGAGCCCGCGCCCCCCGCCGCCCGCGAUGCUGCUCUCCAAGUUCGGGUCGCUGGCGCACCUCUGCGGGCCGGGCGGCGCCGACCACCUCCCGGCCAAGAUCCUGCAGCCGGCCAAGGCGGACAAGGAGAGUUUCGAGAAAGUGUACCAGGUGGGCGCCGUGCUGGGCAGCGGCGGAUUCGGCACGGUCUACGCGGGCACCCGCAUCGCCGACGGGCUCCCGGUGGCCGUGAAGCACGUGGUGAAGGAGCGGGUGACCGAGUGGGGCAGCAUCGGCGGCGUGCCCGUGCCCCUCGAGGUGGUGCUGCUGCGCAAGGUGGGCGCCGCGGGCGCGCGCGGGGUCAUCCGCCUGCUGGACUGGUGCGAGCGGCCCGACGGCUUCCUGCUGGUGCUGGAGCGGCCCGAGCCGGCGCAGGACCUGUUCGACUUCAUCACGGAGCGCGGCGCCCUGGACGAGCCGCUGGCGCGCCGCUUCUUCGCGCAGGUGCUGGCGGCCGUGCGCCACUGCCACGCGUGCGGGGUGGUGCACCGCGACAUCAAGGACGAGAACCUGCUGGUGGACCUGCGCUCCGGGGAGCUCAAGCUCAUCGACUUCGGCUCGGGCGCGCUGCUCAAGGACACGGUCUACACGGACUUCGACGGCACCCGCGUGUACAGCCCUCCGGAGUGGAUCCGCUACCACCGCUACCACGGGCGCUCGGCCACAGUCUGGUCCCUGGGGGUGCUGCUCUACGACAUGGUGUGCGGGGACAUCCCCUUCGAGCAGGACGAGGAGAUCCUGCGGGGCCGCCUCUUCUUCCGCAGGAGGGUCUCCCCAGAGUGCCAGCAGCUCAUCCAGUGGUGCCUGUCCCUGCGGCCCUCGGAGCGGCCCUCGCUGGACCAGAUCUCCGCGCACCCCUGGAUGCUGAGGGCCGACGGGGGCGCCCCUGAAAGCUGUGACCUCCGGCUCUGCGCCCUGGACGCGGACGACGCGGCCAGCACCACCUCCAGCAGCGAGAGCUUGUGAGGAGGGACUGCGCCCCGCCCUUGGGGGCCAAAGGGACCACCCGCCCCGCCCCGCCCUGUAGGGCUUGUCCUCCUCGGGCUGCCUGCUGGAGACAGCAGUGACCUCUGACCCCUGGUGACCUUGACCUUUGGCACUGGGCCCGUUUCCUUUGCUUUGAGUGCCUUUUCGAACGCUGCUCUCCCGGGGCUGGUUUCUGAGCUGUCUGUCCAAAGACUCUGGUGGAGGCGGCCGUCUCUAGGGUGGGUGCUGACCCAGGCUCCCUGCCCUGUGCUUCCGGGAGGGCCCGCCCCCGCACCUCCCACCUGACCACGCUGGGCCAGGAGCACUCGUGUCCGUGGCUUCGUCUCACCGGGCACAGGGUCCUCCUGCCCGCCUCCCGCCCCCGCCCCCUCGGUGUUCCUGCGGGCGCGUCUGUGCACAAGCAAUGCAAUGUGCAGGCCUCUGCCGCCCACACGGCGCCCCCUGUCUGUGGCUGGCAAGCCUGCGAACGUCUAUUUAUGGUGACCCCGGGAGGGCUAUUUAUUGUUUAACUUAUUUGUUGGGGUCCUCCUCAGCCCCCCACUCUGCUGGGCCCCUGGGCGGCGGUGGCUGUGUGUGGACCCAGUCUGACCCACCUGCCUCUGUCGAGGACGGACUUGUACAGUGGCUAAUUUAAGGGGAGGGGUGGCCCGCCACUUGGGGCUCUGCACCCCUGGGAGUGGGUUUUAAAUUAUUGACCUUGUACAGUCUGCUUGUUGGCUCUGGAAGCUGGGGUGGGGGGUGGGGGGGCAGAGUCUCAAGCCUUUAAUUUAUUUUAGCAGCUGUUUCUGUGGUCCUGGUGCACCCGCGUCAGGAUGGGGUUCUUUCAGUUUAAAAGCAAGAUGUCUGGAAAUCAUAUUUUUUAUACAAGCAUUUCAAUUAAAUUGUUUUGUAUAUAA